AUGUGCAUGCUAGGAAAAGGUGGCCACGGUUGUGUGCAUAAAUGCCAGUACAAGGAUAAAGUGGCUGCUGUGAAGAAGCCAAACAAACCGGACCUACCCAUUGAUGAUUUUGCUGAGUUGCUCAAAGAGGCCUACUGGCAUUCAGAGCUGAAGUCCUUGCAUGCACCCGAGCUGUUUGCGAUCACCAAAUCAGGCUGGAUUGUCAUGGAAUUAGCCGACAAGGACUUGCACACACUGUGCCAGGAUCAGGACAUUGGUUGGGCAAGAAAACUUCUCCUUCUUAAGAAAGGCGCUUCUGCACUGAAGUACUUUCACAGCCAACAAAUUGUUCACAGCGAUGUGAAGACCCACAAUUUUCUGGUUUUUGAAUCCCAUCGAGAUGAAUGCAGUGUGAAGCUUGCAGAUUUUGGCCUUGCAACUGAAGAAACUGCCACAAGAUGCCUGACGGCGAGGCUUGGAGGGGGUACAGAUGUGUACUUGGCCCCUGAAGUGUACCACAACGAAGCGCCAACCAUGGCUUCGGAUGUCUAUGCCUUUGGCAUCAUCAUGUAUGAGGUCAUAACAGGCAAACAACCAUAUUCUGCUGAGGGUGAGCCCUUGAAUCCGCAAGCAAUCAUGUAUAGGAAACUGUGUGGGGGCCCAGCUGAACCUUGCAGCAUCGCCCCAGAGGAUUGUCCAGAGGAGAUGCACAUUCUGAUGAAGAAGUGCUGUCAACUGGAUCCUGGGGCGAGACCAACCAUCCAUGAGGUUUAUGAGCAACUGUCAGCAGUCCCAAAGUCUUGGGUGCACGCGGGCUCAGUUGUGGAGAAGCUCACUUCUACUGUUGCAAAGGCGGAGAAAGCGGUCGAGCAUGUUCUGUACAACAAGAAAAUGCUGCUGUUUUUGUAUCAGCAGAUGCAAAAGGUCAAGGAGAUGAAGGACAUCUCUAUCCAGGCAUCAAACGAGAGCGUCCCAGAGGCAUUCGAAUCUUUGAAAGUAAACUUGCUUCUGGGGACGAAGCUGAUCAACCAUCACUCGCAUGAGUUUAUUCAGCAGUGUUUUUACCCCAUCAGAGAGGCCAAAUCCCUUAUCCAGAAGAUCUGCACAGGCUGCAUGACUGCUAUUCACAAACUCAAUUGCAGCUCCUGCGAAGAUAUUGUGUGCACAAUCCCGAAAAAGUGUGUGGAUGAGGAUAAACUUGCCGUGGGAAACAUUCUUGGGUACAUCUUGGGGGAAUCAGAUGCAUCUUUGCAAGGUGCGUGGACAGAAUGGAAGCCAGUGAAGGACCGAAAUGCAAAGCUGUUGCACCAAAUGCAGCCCAUAUGCAACGGUGAAAUUCCCUUGCAGGAUGAGUUUGAGGAUGAUGAUGUCGAGGUCUAUGAAGCAGAGUGGGAAGAAAGCAAUGUGAUGGUGAAAUUCCAGCCUUCUACUCGUGACAGAGUUGCAGGUUUGGAGAACUUUGCCAAGGUUUGCUCAUUCCUUGCACUUCACGCUGACAAGGAAAGCCUGCACAUUGCCAGUGUCGUGGCUUACUCCACAUCAGGCUCAAUAGUGAUGAAAGGGGGAGAGGCAGAUGUGGUCAGAUGGUAUCAGAAGCAGGGCAAUCGUUUGUCCUGGAAGUCGAGGAUUCAUGUCAUGUGGCAAGCCUCGGCUGCAUUGGACCGAUUGCACAGUGAUCCCACUCCACUUGCCCACUGUGGAUUGGAGACCAAGAGCUUCAUGGUGGAUGAACUCGGCAAAGAAUUUCCACAUGUCACUCUCUGUUGCUUCCAGCUGGCAAGGUGCGAGCCUGAUGCCCAGAAGAUUGAGGUGCAGCGGCCAAGGAGGGUUGUCUGUCUGUUUGAUGCCCCAGAGCUGCAGGGGGGGUGUCCACAUACUCUCAAGAGCGACGUCUACAGCUUUGGCUUGGUUCUGUGGGAGCUCGCAGUGCAGAUGUCGCCAAGUGAGAUGCGCUGUGGCCACCAGGGUAUUGGUGCUGACAAACCGCUGAACACGUUCCCCAGUGACUGCCCUCCGCAGCUAAAGUCAGUAAUUGAAAGCUGCUUGUCGCCUGCACCUUCGAAGAGGCGAAGCAUGCGCGAAGUGCACGGUGAAUUGACAGCGCUCAAGGAGGAAUUCAUUGGUCAAUAUUCUUCUGCCGUCUGA